AUGGGAUCCUCAACACACCCUUUGUCGACAACUACGACAGACUCAAUCAAACACGUUGCGGGGAACGGGGGAAAUGCCGACGCCAACCGCGCGCCGCUUGGCAACACGGCUGACUCGCUGACAGAGCUGGCGAAACAGAAUGUUGCGCCAUUUCUGGCCAAGUAUCAUCCACGACAAUAUGCACCCCGACGAUCAGAGGACGGCACGACCACAGUGCCUCGUACGACUAGUGGCGGAUACUGUUACCGUCAUCAGCCCGACUCAAAGUGCUCUCGGCAGGCCGACGAGCAGUCCAUGCACCAACUUCAAACAGAACUGGAAUCGCUACCACAGAGUGAUCAACAGGGAAUUGCGCAUGUGUGGUCGCUUUUCUCCGCCGCCCCAGCCAAACAGCGCAAGCUGAUGCUACAAGGCAUCUUGGCGCAAUGCUGCUUCCCGCAGCUCUCCUUCAUCUCCGCCAGUGUACGCGAACUAAUCCGUAUCGAUUUCCUCACUGCGCUUCCACCCGAGCUUUCUUUUAAGAUUCUUCGCUAUCUCGAUACGGCGUCUCUCUGUCGUGCCGCGCAGGUCUCCCAUCGGUGGAAGGCCCUUGCAGAUGAUGAUGUGGUUUGGCAUCGUAUGUGUGAGCAGCAUAUUCGCCGAAAAUGCAACAAGUGUGGCUGGGGGUUGCCCCUCUUGGACCGAAAGCGACUUCGUGAAGCCAAGCGUGAAAUAGAGUUGCGCGCGACCAACUGGGGUAACCAGUCUACCAACGCUAUUGCGGACGGCGCGCCCAACGAGACUUGCUCUGUCGUCGAACUCCCUAUCGGCGGGAAACGGAAACUUGAGGUUGAUGACCAAAGUUGUGCCAUGAUCAAGCGCCAUUGUGUCUCCCCGGCGUACAAACCAGAGCCGGAUGACGAUUAUUUCAAAACUCGAUAUCGCCCGUGGAAAGACGUUUACCGCGAUCGCUUUGUCGUCGGUCUGAACUGGAAACAUCGUCGAUGUUCCAUCAAAGUAUUCAGGGGACACACUGAUAGUGUCAUGUGCCUACAAUUCGAAGACAACAUUUUGAUGACAGGCUCUUAUGACGCGACAAUCAAGAUCUGGGACAUGGAAACCGGGGAAGAGCUUCGAACGCUUCGAGGUCACACAGCCGGUGUACGCUGUUUGCAGUUUGAUGACACGAAACUAAUCACGGGAAGCCUGGAUCGUAGCAUCCGUGUGUGGAAUUGGCGCACGGGCGAGUGUCUCUCUCGUUAUAACGGACAUUCCGAGGCCGUCAUUGCACUGCACUUCGACGCCACUCUCCUGGCUUCGGCUUCUGUCGAUCGAACGGUCAAAAUUUGGAAUUUCAAGGACAAGUCAACCUUUGUGUUGCCUCAUCCGGAGGGAGUCAACGCUGUGAAGAUUGACACUGCUUCUCGGACAGUACUCACAGCCUGCGACGAUGGAGCCGCUCGCCUGUGGGAUCUCGACACCAAGACGUGCAUCCGCGUGUUCCACAACCAUAUUGGCGCGGUGCAGCAGGUCAUUCCUUUGCCUCGUGAGAUUGAGUUCGAAAGCCAUCUUGCGGAUUGCGAGAAUGACCAUUUCAGUACCUCUUCCCAGAAUGGGGAGGCAUUCAACACCCUGUCUCCUACCCUUGAACAUAGAUCUCUCAGUGGCCCCCCUUCGUCCUCUGGCGCUUCCUUUGACCACGAGACUGAUCGGUUGGAUCCCCCCCGCUAUAUCAUGACUAGUGGAGUCGAUGCAACCAUCCGUCUCUGGGAAACCAGCACUGGUCGCUGCCUGCGCACAUUCUUCGGACAUCUCGAAGGCAUUUGGGCGCUGUCCGCGGACACGCUCCGUAUUGCCUCGGGUGGCAUGGAUCGAAUGGUGAAGAUUUGGGACCCCCGAAUCCCGACGUGUCAAGACACAUACGAGGGACAUUCUGCUGCGGUCAAUUGCAUUGGACUGAGCGACAGUCGAUUCAUUACUGGUGGCGAUGACUACCAGGUCCGCAUGUACGAUUUCCGUGCGUAG